AUCAAUGGCAGAAGAAUGCUUCUCUUCUCUGGUUCAAUUCAUUAUCCUCGUUGCCCCCCUGAGAUGUGGCCAAACAUUUUCAAGAAAGCCAAAGAAGGAGGGCUAAAUGUGAUUCAGACUUAUGUCUUUUGGAAUAUUCAUGAACCAGUACAAGGCCAAUUCAAUUUUGAAGGAGACUAUGAUUUAGUGAAAUAUAUAAAGACAAUUGGGGAGAAUGGUAUGUAUGCAACACUUAGAGUUGGGCCAUUCAUAGAGGCUGAAUGGAAUUAUGGAGGAUUGCCAGUAUGGUUAAAACAUGUUCCCAACAUUACAUUCAGAUCAGACAAUGAACCUUUCAUGUAUCACAUGGAAAAGUUCACCAAAAUGAUCAUAAAAAAGAUGAUGGAUGAGAAGCUUUUUGCCUCUCAAGGAGGUCCAAUUAUUUUGUCACAGAUUGAAAAUGAAUAUAACACAGUUCAAAAGGCAUACAAAGAACACGGAACGGCGUAUGUCCAUUGGGCGGGAGACAUGGCAGUUGGCCUAAACACUGGAGUUCCAUGGAUUAUGUGCAAGCAAUCAGAUGCACCAGGUUCAGUGAUAAAUACUUGCAAUGGAAGAAACUGUGGAGAUACUUUUGUUGGCCCCAACAGUCCUAAUAAACCAAUAUUAUGGACUGAGAAUUGGACAGCACAGUAUAGAGCAUUUGGAGAUCCUCCAUCACAAAGAACUGCUGAAGACAUUGCAUUCUCCAUUGCUAGAUUCUUCUCUAAGAAUGGAACUCUUGCUAACUAUUAUAUGUAUUAUGGUGGAACGAAUUUUGGACGAACAACGUCGUCUUUCAUAACAACUCGGUACUAUGAUGAAGCUCCUCUUGAUGAAUAUGGACUGCAGAGGGAACCAAAAUGGGGGCAUCUGCGAAACUUGCACGACGCUUUGAAACUAAGCCAGAAAGCUUUAUUGUGGGGAACUCCAUCACUGCAAGAGUUCAGUGAUGAUACAGAGGCCAGAGUUUAUGAGGGGAAAGGAAACACAUGCACUGCUUUCUUGUCCAACAACAACACUUUAUUGGAUGCAACUGUGGAAUUUAGAGGAGUCAAAUAUUACCUGCCGCCGCGUUCUAUAAGCAUACUCCCCGACUGCAAAAUAGUUGUCUACAACUCAAGAAUGAUUGUUUCCCAACACAAUGAAAGAAGAUACAAGGAUUCAAAUAUUGCCAAUAAUCUCCAAUGGACAAUGUUCAAAGAGACCAUUCCUACCCCAGAUACUUCUCCUCUUAAAUUUGUAGAGCCUUUGGAGCACUUCAGCACAACCAAGGAUGAUUCUGAUUAUCUAUGGUUUACAACAAGUUUAAAGUUGGACGCUACUCAGUUAAACUCGGCAACUGGUCGCCUGGUGCUUGAAAUAACAUCCCUUGGUCACCUUUUGCAUGCAUUUGUGAAUGGUGAAUACAUAGGAUCUGGGCAUGGGACCCUUAUACGAAAGAAUUUCGUCUUCAAAAAACCGAUAUCCUUGAAGCCAGGAGUAAAUUACAUAUCAAUCUUGGGUGCAACUGUUGGGUUCCCUGAUAGCGGAUCCUAUUUGGAGCACAGGGUCGCUGGUGUGCGCGCUAUAACCCUGCUUGGCCUUAAAACUAGUCCUCUUGAUCUGUCGAGAAAAGGAUGGUCACAUAAGAUCAGCUUAGAUGGCGAAAAAAACAACAUUUUCACAGAGCAGGGUUCUCAGAAGGUUAAGUGGACUAAAGCCGACAAGGGGGCGGCUCUUACAUGGUACAAGGCUAACUUUGAUGCUCCUGAGGGAAAUGACCCUGUUGCUAUUCAAAUGGAAACCAUGUCCAAAGGCAUGGUUUGGGUUAAUGGAAAAAGCAUUGGGCGUUAUUGGCCAUCAUACCUCUCUCCUCUAGGAAAUCCUUCGCAGGGCAUAUAUCAUAUCCCAAGAGCUUUCUUGAAGCCAAAGGAAAAUCUAAUAGUUGUAUUAGAGGAAAUGGGAGGGAAAGUAGAGGGUAUCAAGAUCCAAACCAUCAAUAGAGAUACAAUUUGCAGCAUAGUAAGGGAAGAUUAUCCACCAAAUGCGAAGACAUGGAGGAGAGAGAUGGGUGUGGUAAGCACCAAAAUGAAGAAUCCAAAACCAGCAGCAAACUUGGCGUGUCCUGAGAACAAAAUAAUUACUCAUGUCGAAUUUGCAAGUUAUGGUGAUCCAGUAGGCGAGUGUGGACAUUUGUUCCCAGGAAACUGCACUUCACCAAAUAGCCAGAAGGUGGUUGAACAGUAUUGCUUGGGAAAGGCAAAGUGUGCUGUGCCCCUGGACAAGAAUAUAUUUGACAAGCAAGGAAAAUUAUGUCCAAAUAACUUAAAGACUCUUGCUGUUCAAGCACACUGUGGCCACCAGACCUGAUGCAGCAAAGUGGAUGUGGAUCCUCAAAAGUAAGAUUCUCAUUUUAAAGGGUAAAUGAGGAAUUUCAUCAUUGGAUCAAUAAAGAGAAGAUGAGUCUUGCUUCUAAAUUCAUUGAUCCAAAGGUAAGAUUUGCUUACUUUAUCCUCUAAAAUGAUAUCUUCACUUCAAAAGAUCCUUGUCUACAGUGAAUAGUCUAUGUAAGGUAGGCACCAGGAGGAUCAGAAAACAAUGUCCAACACUGGUCUGACAUUUUUACAUGCAAUCUUUUUGCAGAUUUAGGUAGUCUAUAUGAAUCCUUUUAGCCGUUGUUAUGAGGCUAUAAUGUGAUUUGGUUCAUCACAGACUAGGUA